UAAGUAUGGGGCGAAGUUUAAAUUGUUAAAUUGUUGGAAAGAGGAGCGCGAGACGCGGUGAUGAGGUAAAACGGGAUCAAAGGGAGAAUCUCAAGGGAAUGGGGAAUAAGAAAACAUUGUUGGAAUUUCAAGUGAAGGAAUUUGCGAUUCAAAAAACUCGCGUUAAAACGUUGAGAUGUCUGCGGAGGAUGGAUUGUUGUAUUCUUGGAAGGCGGUUUAAACUGAUUAUAUCUGGUCCGUUCUGCAAAGGAUUAGCGAAGAUCUCCAAAAACCACCGAAGCGCCAGUCGAUCAACGAGUGAAUCAUCGUUUGCACGCACUUACUACAAACAUACAGAUUAAAUCGGUGUAUUUUUUAUCCCCCCAAAGCACGCAGAUAAAGGCCUACUUAUAUUUAUACCAAACGCCUGCAAUGAUGCAAUACGUGUCCUGUAUUUUAACAGCCAUCAACCAGAUUAAUAAGAUGAAUGUGCCCGUGUACAUCGUAUGCGCGGCGUUGAUCGUCGCCGUUAACAGCGAGGAAAACCCUCUCUUCGGAAGGGAGAACGAACCUAUGGACCGGGAAGCAAUGGGUUAUAUUCUGCCUAAGCUGAUGCCCAGAUACCGCGCGAUUUCCAAUAAACAAUGGAUGGCCCCGUACUACGCCGACUCCAACAACAACAACGAGCUGGACUUUGGACAGGAGGCGCGCAACAAGAGGGCAGGCCUUAUUGACGGUCCUUCCUUGUCGAUCAGCAACUCUCUGGAUGUGCUCAGGAACCGUCUGCUCCUAGAGAUCUCCAGGAAGAAGGCUCUUCUCGGCGCCAACUAUAACCGCAACAUGCUCUGCAGGAUCGGAAAGCGCUUUGAGAACAACAAACGCCGCUGUGAAGACUCCGAGAAGUACGUCGAGGAUAGAUUUAUGGUCUAAAGAACGCCUACCUUCGAUCCGCCAACCAAAAUUAGCGCCAACACAAACACACAACACACACACAACUAGAUUGAAGUCCAAACAAAAAACAUUACUAGAAGAAUUCCAUUGGACGACACGCCUUACGUCCAAUAGGAUUAUUCCCCAAACUCCCUCUAUCCUCAAAACAAACCUAUCCUAACUAUCUAAUAAUAACGUAUAUGUAUUUAGUAGUGUACCCAAAUAUCAGUAGUUGGAAAAAGUCAGUAGAAAAAAAA